UUAACGAUUGUUCUUUUCUCAGGUGAGUCUGAGCUCGGCUUCGAUUAAUUUCUUGGGAUUGAUUUUCAGAGAAAAGGCCAAAAACGAGCUGAGAUUCAUCUAGAAAUCAAUGGAAUCUCCACCUUCAGCUCCUCAACCUCCCAAGGUGUCAGCCGUUAGGCGUUACAAACUUGUUUGGCGACUUCUCCUAGCUGCAAAUCUUGCUCUUGGAGCUUAUAUGUUCGUGGGGGCAACAAAGAAAGAUGCAGACAUGGAUAAUGGUGAAGGUACAAAGAAACACAUAGAAGAAGAAAAAGCUGUGGCAGAACUUUCUUCUGUUCCAAUUGUGAGUACAACCCCUCCAGCAACAAUGGAGUCUUUGAAGGUGCGGGAGCCCAUCCCUGCUGAUCAGCAGCUUGAGCUUUUCAAGUGGAUAUUGGAAGAGAAAAGAAAAGUGAAACCCAAGGAUCUUGAAGAGAAGAAAAGAAUUGAUGAAGAGAAGGCCGUUCUCAAACAUUUUAUUAAGACAAAAUCUGUCCCAAAUCUUAAAUUCUGAUGCUUCUAUUCUUUAUUGUCAAAUUUUCGCCCUUUAUAUGGAAAGGGGCAGACUGCCUUCUUCUGGUGCUCAAACUCAACUCCAUUGGAUGGUGUUUCUAAACUUUUAUCAGAUAUCAA